AUGAAAAGCAAACUUCAAGACAAUUUACCGCGGAAAAUUACCAGGAAUCACAACAGUGAUGACAUUAUAACCAGAUUAGAGCAAAGGCAGGAAAAGCAAAAACAAUAUCAUGAUCAACACGUGAAACCUCUUCCUGCUCUACAGUCAGGACAAUCUGUCAGUGUCCAAAAUCCGUCGACUGGCAAAUGGAGUCUAGCAACUAUAAAAGAAAAGAUUUUCAAUACGCCAAGAUCUUAUCAAGUCGACACACCAACGGGAGAAUUGAGGCGCAGCCGAAUCCACUUGCGGGAAAUACCAUCUAUGCCACAAUCAAGCACAACCACCAACAAUCCUGACAACAGCAGAUGUAGUGAUAUAUAG